AUGCCACGUUUUAAUGUUGCAACCUAUGUGAAAGAACAAAAACGUCUGAGGGAGAAAGUUGUAUUGGAGAACCGACAAUUAAAAUUGCUUCAAGAUGAAAUUUCUGCCGCUGCUAAACUCAAGGAAGAAAGGAACUUAACAGGAUUAGAGAAAAGCACCGAAGGCUUGAUAACAAGGUAAUUUAUGACAUCUUUGUGUGAAGACCAAAUUAAAAGCUACAAAAGUUCACGGGAUUUUCGUUGUACGUUCACAUGAAUACCAUAUGAACCAUGGAAAUUUUCAUAGCAUUUCACAGUACUAUGAAAAAAAUACUAUGAUCAUUGUCCUGUUUCAUAGUUAGACCUCAUUUCACAGGAUAUUGCUCUAGUAUAAUGCUCAGUACCCCACUAGCUUGUCUAAAUGACAAACAUAGACCAAAUAUAUUGAGUGGAGGCGGGAUAGUAAGGACUUGGCAAACAUCUCUCCUGGACACCCGAUGUUGCAUCCUCAGCUGUUCGUCACCCGAAAUGCAUCAUGUAACUAGCUAGUGUAUAAACGAGAUGUGCCCUAAUGCACCCUACUUCCUGAUUUUGCUCUGCCUAGCAAAAGACGAUUUUGCUUGGCAAGGGUAAAACGUGAUGAGGUGAAUGUGAAUAUGUGAAAUAUUUUGUUGUCCCUUUUCGAAAUAGGUAGGAUAUUAUGAGGUGUGGAUAGGGACAAAAAUGCAAUUGGAUCGGGACAAAAAUGCAAUUGGAUCGGACAGUGUUUAAUUAAUGCGGGCUGAAAGCCAUUGGGUGUUAAACAAUUCAAUCGGGCUUUAAACAAUUCAAUCGGGCUUUAAACAAUUCAAUCGGGCUUUAAACAAUUCAAUCGGGCUUUAAACAAUUCAAUCGGGCUUUAAACAAUUCAAUCGGGCUUUAAACAAUUCAAUCGGGCUUUAAACAAUUCAAUCGGGCUUUAACUCAUUAAGUUGCAGACUGUUGCAACAUUGGCACUCCCCAAGUUGCAAGGAAAAUGGCGAAUUUUAGUUACUGUCAACUUCUGUCAACUGCUUUUACAAAAAUACCCAUAUCUCAAGAUCAAUGUUAUAAAAAACCUUGAAAUUUUGCAGUGGGUGAAAAUGAUAAAUGAUUAAUCAAUUCUAUUUUAAAUGAGCCCCCACACUUAAAUAUAUCAUUAGAUUUUUGGGUGAGAAUUCUUGGUUUGUGUAAAUUUAAGUCCCUGACAUUUUGUUUCUUCAUGACACCCAACAUCUGAAGGGCAAUAAUUCAAUAACCCAACAUAAAUGGAGAAAUAUUUUUUGAUUCCUGGAUUGGUCCACAUUUAUUUUCAAAUUAGUUUUCAUCUUGUAGGGUAUGAAUUACAAAAUAAUGAAACGCUAUAAAAAUUUGCUUGGGCAUAGCUCAGGCACACUCAGGACAUCUAGUUUACAAUGGAGAACUUGAACUUCAGAACUUGUUGUUCAAGUCCCAAAAACUCUGUAACCCAAAAACACAGUGUUUGUACCUCUUUGAAGUUUUUAAAUAGCUCAAAUAUGUUUGGAAAAACACGAAGUACAAAAAUUACUAAUUAAAAUAUAAACAAAGGAUGAAAAAGGUGAGAAAAUUUUAAAAUGUUUGAGGUGUUUUCAAUUCUGACUUUGACAGCCGGCAUUUUCAAACGCAGCGUGCGGUGACAAAACAAAAGGCUUUUUAUUUCGCUAUUAAGAGCACUGAAAGUCGUCAAAAAGAGAUAAACACUUUUGAAUAUUCAUCAGGUAAGAAUUUUAACUGAAAUUCCUUUUGUUUCUGUUGAGAAAACAACGGAUUUGUGGCUAAAACGUCGUGUGCGCCAUUGUAGGUUGCUGUAAAAUGUCAGAGAGGCGGUUUCUUUUGAAAUCCGACUCUAGUUUGAAAUCUGACUUUAGCUUGAAAUAAGUCCUUUUCAAGGACCAAUUGUAUAAAAAUAUAAUAUGUACGCUCAAAUAAAAUGAAUAAUCUAAUAUUUAGGCAUUUUAGAUCGCUAUAAAAGAGUGAAAUAAAGUAUUUCAUCUUUGGUUGUUUGUCAGACGAGAGUAAACACAUUGGUGACACUUUGUUGCGCAUGCAGUUUUCAAAAGAUAAACUGCUAAAAAUAUAGCUUUUAUUUCACCAAAUAGCAAAGUAUCUUCCAGAUAUUAUUAAAAGAGCUCAAGCGAAGUAAUUCCAUGAUAAAUAAGUGAACAAUGAGACCAAAAAAGCGACUAAAUUACAAUUUUGGAAAGUACAUAAAUUUAAUGGCUUCCCGCAAAAGAAGCCAUUUCAGAGCAGAACGGCAUUUUGUAAACUACUCUCCUGACCUAUUUUAAACUUUUCCUUCAGGUAAUCGAUGAGUACUUCUUAGAAAAUGAGCGUACAUUAGUUUUAUGAUGUGCUUUAUUGAUUUAAAAAUUUUAUGGGGAUAUAUGAAUUUUUCUUGCCAAAAAUGUAUAUACGCACAUGACAAGUUGAACCUACUGUCUUCUGAAAGUACUUCAGCUAAAAUAACAACUUGAGCAAGACGACCAACAGUAGGGUCACGAAAACAGUCGAAAUCAUGCCAUAAAAUGCACGAAAAGUCCUUCUAAAAACUUAGUUUUAAACUAGAUUGAACUUGCUUUAAUGCUAUAUCGUAUUUCAUGAAAACAUGCCAGGUAUUUUCAUUCAAAAACACGCUCAAAAAAAUCGUAACUACUCACUUGGAUUUAGUGUUCAUGUUUCUUGCGAUUUCCCACUUCACUUUUCCGUUAGAUUGAAAGAAAUCGCUGUUUUUCUGGCUGAAAAUCGCGCGACUUGAUUUGGACAAGAACUUGACUUGAAACAUAUGCACACUCCCUUAUGUUUUACAAUAUAUUUUAUAUAUAAAACACUUUAAAAACCUCUUCUUUUUCAUCCUUAAAACUUGCUGCAAAGUCUUAUCUUGUGACACUUUGCGGUUGUCACAGGUUUUGUAAAAAAAUAGAGUUUUAAAAUCGAAAUUCUUCGCAAACUUUUGAUCAAUUUUCUCGCAUGAUGUAUCGUUUGAAAGCCCGAAUUUUGCACUUUAUACUCGUGACCGUUGCUAGGCAACCCGAUAAAUACGCGCUAGACAACAAUUCAAUCGGGCUUUAAACAAUUCAAUCGGGCUUUAAACAAUUCAAUCGGGCUUUAAACAAUUCAAUCGGGCAUAAUCAGUCGGGCAUAAAGCCAUCGGGGCUUAAACAAUUAGUCGGGCAUAACCAUGUCUAUGAUACAAUUAAGUCGUGCAAAAUGUCCUACAAACGCUUUUAUUUGGCUUUCCAUAAAAAAGAUGGUAGAUGUUAACAAUCCAUAAGUGCUUCUUCUUCAGCAUUCAAAGCGAUGUGUAAGGUUAAUAUUGGAAGCUGUACGUGACGGAAACGUUGAAGAGGAUGAGCUUGAUACUCUCCGAUUUAGACUUGACUGGAUAAUAAAUAUGAUGACCAGAUCAGCCUCUUCAUUACAAAUUGACAAUGAACUAUUGCAAACUCUCAUUCAUUCAGCAAACUCAUUAGGUGAGGCGGACAAAGAUAUCUAUCAUUGCUACCGCGUAGGGAGAAUUUUUUCAGGAGAGCGUGGUAGACCAAAGUACAACAUUUCUAGAGAGCAGUUAGAGUUGUAUUUGCAUUACGGUUUUUCACUUGGCAAAAUCAGUGAAAUGCUUUUCGUCAGCACGAAGACCGUCAGGCAUAGAAUUGAAGAGUUCAAUAUAAAAUCCAUGGCUUUCUCUGACUUGAGCAAUGAGGACCUAGACACUGUAGUAUCGGAAAUAAUGAGAGAAUUUCCAAACUGUGGCUCCAAGCGUAUGUCGGGCUUUCUGCUGGCCAGAGGUCUUCAAAUUCAACAGGCGAGAGUACGCGAAGCACUACGUAGAACGGAUCCAGAUGGUGUAUUACUAAGAUCACUACAACUAAGAACGAUUGCAAGAC